AUGGUUUACCUAGCGACUUCACAAGACUAUCUUAAACAGUCGUCUCUAUUACUCGAAGCGUAUCCAGACACAACCCGAAUAACCACAAAAUACUCCUAUCCCAAGCGGCCCUCCGCCAAAGAACGAGCCAAAUCAAAGUCGAAAACAGCUGCUUCAGCACCCACAGAAACUCCAGAACCUACCGCCGUACCUGCAACACUUACCUUGAAAACGUUCAACCCCGCUACAGGAAUAUGCCUAAAAUACCAAACGAACAAAGCCGCGGAAGUGGGCAGGCUGAUUGCUGGGCUGGGCAAGCUGGCCAGUGGUUCACCUAUUGAAGAUUUUGUACCGGCUCCAGUACCGGUGAAGGCUGCGGCAGGCGAGGCAGAGGAUGUUGAUAUGGUUGAUGCUACGCCGUCAUCGGCGGUUGAUGAAAUUAACAGGAGCAAUACUCCAGUUGCUGGUGGUGGAGGAGGGGGCAAGCCGGCAAAGGGGAAGAAAAAGGGCAAGGGAAAGAAAUAG